GAAAGGAAGGGAAAGGAAAGGAAAGGAAGGAAAGCCACGGUACUGCUGAUAAUCUAAGCUCUGAAAAAGGGAGAGGGAGAAGGGAGAAGGGAGAAGGGAGACGGAGAAGGUAAAUUAUCCGACCACACCACACCACACCACACCACACCACAUCUCCUUUUUCCCUUCCCCUUUCCUGCUCCUCCUCCUCCUCUUGCUCCCGACCACCACCACCACCACCGCUCACCAUGAACCUCUCCAUCUCCUUCCUCCUCCUCCUUCUCGUGCUCCAUAAUGGCUUCUUCUGGGCAUCCGCGUCCUCUUCCCAAGGCUACUCGGCGAUCUUCAACUUCGGCGACUCCCUGGCGGACGCCGGCAACCUCUGCGCGGACGGCAUCCCGCCUUUCCUCGCCACCGCCCGCCUUCCCUACGGCAUGACCUUCUUCGGCUUCCCCACCGGCCGCUGCUCCGACGGCCGCCUCCUCGUCGACUUCCUCGCCCAGGAGUUCGGGCUGCCGCUGCCGCCGCCGUCGAAGGCGCACAACGCGUCGUUCGUCCGCGGCGCCAACUUCGCCAUCACCGGCGCCACCGCCCUCAACACCAGCUUCUUCGAGGCCCGCGGCCUCGGCAAGACCGUCUGGAACUCCGGAUCGCUCCACACGCAGAUCCAGUGGUUCCAGGACAUCAAGCCCUCCCUCUGCGCCUCCCCGGAAGAUUGUAAGAUUUUCCUCAGUAAAUCCCUCUUCGUCGUCGGAGAGUUUGGGGGAAACGACUACAACGCCCCUCUCUUCGCCGGGAAGGACGUAAAGGAGGCGCACACGAUCAUCCCCCACGUCAUCGAAUCCAUUUCGACCGGGAUUGAGAAAUUGAUCGCGGAGGGCGCGGUGGAUCUGGUCGUUCCUGGGGUUCUGCCCAUGGGCUGUUUCCCUGUCUACCUGACGAUUACCAAGAACCCUAAAGGCGGUUAUGGAUCGCGCAGCGGGUGCAUUAGGAAGUUCAAUACGCUGUCGUGGAUUCACAACGCGAUGCUCCGGCGGGCCGUCGAGAAGCUCAGGAUCAAGUACCCUGCGGUGAAGAUCGUCUAUGCCGAUUACUAUGCUCCGGUCAUUCAAUUCGUGCUCCACCCUGAAAAGUUUGGUGAGUCUUUCUUUCUUUCUCUGCGCACGCCCAAUCAUCACUCCGUAUCAAUGAUUCGUCAUGAAAAUCUAGAUUCUGGUCCUUUUCGUUUUUUAUAGUUGAUUGCAUUGUGA